AGUCAGACCGAAAUUGUUGUGCUAACGAUAACAUUCGAUUUCAUUUGAGUGGUCACUAAAUUAUCUUCAGAUACAAUCUUCGUUACUGAAUUGGUGUUGAAUAGAGUUUUGUGUCGAUAGCGCACGCGUUUGUGAUCAUCAUCAGCAGACAUUAACUGCGUAAAUCGUUUCAACGAAUUCAACCAACGUUUCAACGAAACAGCCUUACGGAUUUAUUUGUGACACGGAGCAGCGGAGAUAAAAUAGUCGAAAUGUUUGGAAAAAUUGGAGCAAUUAUGUGCAUUGUAUUCGUUGCAUUGGCCUUAGCUGAUUGGAGUUUGGCAAAUCCCGUUAUAGAAUCCGGUGGAGACUUUGAUUUGGUGGGAAUUUGCCUGAGGAACUGUGCCCAAUGCAAGAAAAUGUACGGAUCAUAUUUUGAAGGCCAAAUGUGCGCCGAUGGAUGUGUGAAAUUCAAGGGAAAAGUAAUUCCAGAUUGUGAAGACAUCGGUUCGAUUGCCCCAUUCCUCAACAAAUUUUAAGCAUGAAAUUAAAAACGGUACAUUGGAUCAACUCCAGCAACGUGAUAUAGUUGAUGUGUGAUUUUUGUUUAAGACUUUAUGAAUUUAUUUUAAGUUGAACGCUUUUUUCGUCCAUGGCGCCUGGGCCCGAAAUUUUAUUUGAUUCCAUUUAGAAAUGCUGGAAUUAAAAAAUAUACUCAUACCUUAUUGUAAGAACUCAUUUGUCAUUAUUUAUGUUUCACAUUGCUCGAAUUUAUGAUUCAAUAAAAUAUAAAAUAACCAAAA